GAUGAAGAGAUAGGCAAUGCUGUCAAGAAUCUAUGCUCAGAUCCCUUCACUUUGAACUACCUGCAAGCAGUGGCCCUCAUCAAUGCCAAUAAGCCAAUUUUCCAGCGAGCAUUUUCUGGCUCCAUGCUGUCAUUGGCUCUUAUCAAUGAGGAGCAAGAGAACAUGUGGUUAGCUGGACUAGGUGAUUCCACUGUUGUAAUAUCCUGUGAAGAUCCUGAUGGGAUAGGAUAUGGUGAGGGCCUCCUUACUCUUCAUAGCAUGUGUACUCUGAAGAAGUAUCUUUCUAUCACUAUGAUGCAUCCCUUGGAGGAAAAGGAGACUAUAAUGGAAAAUGGUCAGUUGUUGGGUGUGGUACCAUACACAAGAGAUAUGUAG